AUGACUUGUGGAAGAUCCAUAUCUAUCUAUCGAGCUAGCUGGCUAGCUAUCUCUGUUCAUAUCUAUCUAUAUCUGUAUCUACCUGUUUGUCUAUCCAUCUAUGCCUGUGCAUAUCUAUCUAUCUAUCUAUCUAUCUAUCUAUCUAUCUAUCUAUCUAUCUAUCUAUCUCAUUCUGUUUAUAUCUAUCUAUCUAUCUAUCUCAUUCUGUUUCUAUCUAUCUAUCUCAUUCUGUUUCUAUCUAUCUAUCUAUCUAUCUAUCUCAUUCUAUUUAUAUCUAUCUAUCUAUCUAUCUAUCUAUCUAUCUAUCUAUCUAUCUAUCUAUCUCAUUCUGUUUCUAUCUAUCUCAUUCUGUUUAUAUCUAUCUAUCUAUCUAUCUAUCUAUCUAUCUAUCUAUCUAUCUAUCUAUCUCAUUCUGUUUAUAUCUAUCUAUCUAUCUAUCUAUCUAUCUAUCUAUCUAUCUAUGUCAGUUAUAGGCGUUCAAACGAAGAUAAAACUCUAGAAUUCAAUUCCCAUUUAGCCAGAUAUUUGUUAAGUUUUAAUUUUAAUGAUUCUUCCAGGUUCUUUGGAGAAAUCAAUACAUUUCUAUUGUUGCAAAAUUCACAAUAUCUAUCUAUCUAUCUAUCUAUCUAUCUAUCUAUCUAUCUAUCUAUCUAUCUAUCUAUCUAUUUCGUCCUAAAAAGAAAAUCAUCUAAAUUUUGCCCUUAG